GGGCUUCCCCUUACAGUAUCGCACGCGCGAGGAAAUAUGGCCAGACUCUUGACCCGCGUUGUAGCUUAGUUAAAAAGACGGUUUAUCACUUAAUAUAGCCCUCACUACAUUAACUUAGUACUUACAUAUGGACCACACUAACGAAAUUACUAGGUUUGACCGGUGUAGUCAGAGUAGUAUGUAUAUAAGUUCUAAAGCGGUUUAGCGCCCGCUAGCACUCAGGCAAAAACAGCAACGUACUCCGUACUCACGUCCAAAAAAAACAUCAGGCUCUAGCUGCUAGGCUAUCCAAUUAGACAUGCUUACAAGCCCAUUGCCUCUGGUGUCAUGCAGGAACACCCCACCAAUAAAGGCCUACCAAAGAUUGACGAUUUGUUCGAGAAGAUGGAAUAGCGUACCUGCACCGAAAGCGACGUCGUUGGCACAUCCCCGGGUUAUUUUUUCGGGAAUUCAACCCACAGGGGUGCCACACCUGGGCAAUUAUUUGGGUGCUUUGAGAGAAUGGGUUCGACUACAGGAUACUGCUCCGAAGGAUACGCGCUUGUUAUUUUCAAUUGUUGAUUUACAUGCAUUAACGGUGCCCCAAGAAGCCCGACAGCUGAAAACCUGGAGAAGAGAGGGAUUUGCAACUCUGCUUGCCGUGGGAUUGGAUCCUAGUCGGGCAACUGUAUUCUACCAAUCUGCUGUGCCUGCCCACACUGAAUUGUUCUGGAUCCUAAGCACGGUAGCAUCCAUGGGAUACUUAUCACGCAUGACCCAGUGGAAGAGCAAACUUGACUUACCAGAAGACAUAAGUUUGGAAGACUCAGCCGCAAGAUCAAAACUACGUCUUGGGCUUUUCUCUUAUCCUGUUUUGCAGGCGGCGGACAUUCUCGUCCAUAGAGCCACACAUGUUCCCGUUGGAGAGGACCAGAGGCAGCACCUUGAAUUCUGCAGGUAUACCGCAAAUAGCUUCAAUCAUCUAUAUGGAAAUAUCUUUCCGCCCCCCGAAGCAAUUAUAUCACCUGCGAAGCGAGUGAUGUCUCUAAAAGAACCGACCCUCAAGAUGUCCAAGUCUCAUACUGACAAGCGCUCACGGAUUCUCCUCACCGACAGCACCGAGGAUAUUCAUAAAAAGGUUAAAUCUGCACUCACAGAUUCGGAUGCCAGCGUGUCUUAUGAUCCAGUCCAUCGGCCCGGGGUCUCUAAUCUCUUGGAGAUUCUUAGCCACUUCGAUGGGCGAUCGUGCGAGGACUUAGCUGAAGAGUAUAAGUCAUCAAGUCUUCAAUCACUCAAGGGUCAUCUUGGAAGCCAAAUAAGCCUCCACCUUGAACCCAUUCGAGAGAGGUACUUGUCACUUAUCGCAGACAAAACGAACUAUCUGGAUGUCGUAGCAGAGGAGGGCGCUCGAACCGCAUCUGCUAAUGCCGAUAUAACUAUGCGUCGAGUUCGAAAGGCCCUGGGACUGUAAUGUGAACGUUGACCGAUCCAUCACGUCAUGCGUAUCCUACAAGAAACUAGUGGGUAAGUGGUGCCAGAUGAUUUUAUUCAGGAUUUUCUGCUAGUAUAUCACUCACUUUACAGUUUCGCCACAUAUAGUGCCAGUGUUAGAUAGCAUCUGACGAGCACGCAUGGCCUUUAUGCCCACUUGCUCAUUAAAUAUCGCUGUUCGAUAGACUUGUGCUAAAGUCCACAUCGCAUUAACCUUCGGUUCUUGUUAAAGCUCCUUGCUACUGUCAUGAGGCUUCGCGUAUGUAACGUUAUUAGUGCGGGUGAUGAUCAUUAUAAGAGAACUGAGCACCGAAUUUUGAGGUUUGUGUUGAAAUCGAGGUUCCGUAUACAUGAUAACUUUCCAUUCAAAUUCUGCGAAUCCGGAAGUGUUCGGGAUUUUGGUGGGUAAUAUCUACCUACUCCGUACUCCGUAGGACUCAACCGAGGUUCAAGGGAAGGGUUGCCCCCCUCCAGGUUUCAUUGCGGUCGAGUGAAGUUUCUAUUCAGGAUGAUGCUAUAAAUGCCACGUCACUUCACGGCGUAUCCAGAGGAUGAAGAGAGAAGGUC